CGCCGUCCGCCGCCGCCAUGGGGAAGCGACAGCACCAGAAAGACAAGAUGUACAUCACCUGUGCGGAGUACACGCACUUCUACGGUGGCAAGAAGCCAGAUCUCCCCAAAACGAAUUUUCGGCGUUUACCUUUUGACCACUGCAGUCUCUCUCUGCAGCCCUUCAUCUACCCGGUGUGCACCCCCGAAGGCAUCGUCUUUGACUUGCUGAGCAUCCUCCCUUGGCUUAAGAAGUAUGGGACCAACCCCAGCAACGGAGAGAAACUAGACAGGCGGUCCCUCAUUGAGCUAAAGUUUGCGAAGAACAGUGAAGGUAAAUACCACUGCCCCGUGUUGUUCACCGUGUUCACCAACAACACCCACAUCGUGGCCAUCAGAACAACUGGCAAUGUCUACGCCUACGAGGCCGUGGAGCAGCUGAACAUCAAGGCCAAGAACUUGCGGGAUCUGCUGACGGAUGAGCCCUUCUCCCGGCAGGACAUCAUCACCCUGCAGGAUCCCACGAAUUUGGACAAAUUUAACGUCUCCAACUUCUUUCAUGUGAAGAACAACAUGAAAAUGACAGACCCGGAUGAGGAAAAGGCCAAACAGGAUCCCUCUUACUACCUGAAAAACACAAACACCGAGACGCGGGAGACCCUGCAGGAGCUCUACAAGGAGUUCAAGGGGGACGAGAUUCUGGCAGCCACCAUGAGGGCCCCCGAGAAGAAGAAAGUGGAUAAGCUAAAUGCUGCCCACUACUCCACCGGGAAGGUCAGCGCCUCCUUCACCUCCACUGCCAUGGUUCCAGAGACAACGCAUGAAGCAGCCGCCAUUGACGAGGACGUCCUGCGCUACCAGUUUGUGAAGAAGAAGGGGUACGUGAGGCUGCACACCAACAAGGGCCUCCUCAACCUGGAGCUGCACUGUGACCUGACGCCCAAGACCUGUGAGAACUUCAUCAGGCUUUGCAAGAAGCACUACUACGAUGGCACUAUCUUCCACAGAUCCAUCCGGAACUUUGUGAUCCAAGGGGGUGACCCAACCGGCACGGGCACAGGUGGCGAAUCGUUCUGGGGAAAGCCGUUCAAAGAUGAGUUCCGGCCCAACCUCUCGCACACAGGCCGGGGUAUCCUCAGCAUGGCCAACUCGGGGCCCAACACCAACAAGUCUCAGUUCUUCAUCACCUUCCGCUCCUGUGCCUACCUGGACAAGAAGCACACCAUCUUUGGGCGGGUUGUCGGGGGCUUUGACACACUGACAGCCAUGGAGAACGUGGAGAGUGACCCCAAAACUGACCGCCCCAAGGAAGAGAUCCGCAUUGAGUCCACCGUGGUGUUCGUGGACCCCUACGAGGAGGCGGACACUCAGAUCGCUGAGGCCCGGAAGAAAACACAGCUGACCGAGGCAGUCGUGGAGAGCGCCGUGGGGAUGAAGCAGCCCCAGCCGGGGAGCCCAGGCCCCCAGACGUACCGCCAGGGGGUGGGCAAGUACAUCUGCCCAGCGGCCACGAAGCGGGCGGCAGAGGAGGAGCCGUCCGCCAGCACAGCUGGCCCCACAGCCAAGAAGAGGCCCGGCUGGGGCUUCGGGGACUUCAGCUCCUGGUAG